GCCUUAUCCAAGGGGUCUCCCAGCUUGUAGCCCUUCAGAACUUUUUGAAUGGCUUCAACAAACUGGUCGUGGAUCUUCUCGUCCACAUACACACGCUCUAUUGAGCAGCAGCUCUGACCAGAGUUGAAGACGGCUCCGUCCACGAUUUCUUCAGCAGCCCAAGCAAUGUCUACAUCACCACGGACAUAGGCCGGAUCCUUUCCACCAAGCUCCAGACAAACAUUGACCACCCUGUCCGAGGCGGCGCUCUGAACAGCAAGACCACCGGCGACCGACCCAGUAAAGCAGACGAGCGCGAUCUUGGGGUUACGAACGAUAGACUCGAUGAUGGUGGGCGAUCCUGAGUGGAAAUAUUGGAUGACGCCAUCGGGCAAGCCGGCUUCCUGGAAGGCCCUGCCCACUUGUUCCGCAACGGUCGGGGUCUGGGGGGACGGCUUGAGGAUGACCGAGUUUCCGGCAAGCAGCGCGGGGAUCAGGGCGUUGACGAGGAUCAGAUACGGAUACUAUCAGUGUUCAAGUUUGUGAUUAGUACGUUGUCUCGUGGUCUACAAGGAGCAGAUAGGCGCAUACAUUCCACGCAAAGAUGAUAAGCACUGGGCCAACAGGUACUUUGCGGAUAAAUCUCUUGAAACCCUUCUCCUCCUCGCCCGGCGUGUCCUGGAGCACGUCGUCGCUGAUCUUGAGCAGAUAUUCGGACCGUUUGACGGCGGUGGCUACCUCCUUGGCCGUGUAGGCGAUGGGACGUCCCAUCUGGACGGUGAGCUCGUUGGCAAGCUCAUCCUGCCUGUCGGCGAGGAUCUUGAGGGCCUUCUUGAUGAUGAUCUGGCGGUCAGCCAGCUUCGUUGUGCGCCAUGCCUUGAACGCCUGGGUGGCAAUGUCGGGAAUCUGCUCGAGCUCCUCGGUGGAGAUGCCGUUGCGCGUGAGGAUGGGUUCCUCGGUGGUGGGGGAGAUGGUGGUGAUGACCUCGACAGACAUGGCGACGGGAGGUAACGAUGGCUGAGUGAGUGGUUGAAGAUGUUAAGUGUAGGGGUAUCACCCGGGCUCGAAUAUCAAGUGGUGACACAUUGGCGAGGAGCUGCGAUGCGCCGUCAUCCCUUUCUAAGCUUAAGGCAGCCUGUUGUUUGCCCCUCUGCCCCUCUGCCCUGCCCCUCCAACGGCGUCCAGCUUCCAGUAAGCUCCCGCGGCACUGAUAACAGAUAAGAUAACGGUGGGUAGCCAAGGAUGCACCCUUGUGUCUGCCAUCAAGUAUCUUGCCCAGAUGCGUAUGCGGCGCUUUCCACUACCAGAUAUCGCGAAAGUAUACGGACAGCCGGGAUUAUUCUAUUAGAUCUUUCUAUACCGUAAAGAUGACUUGAACUAUUUCCAAGACUUCUAUCUGGGCUGAUUGAUCCAAGCAUGAGUCUCGUGAGGUUCAAGGCUGGAAACUUGGCAGUGCACAGGCCAAUGGCAGUCUCCAGAAAUUUUUGGAACAGCAACUAAAGGUUCAGCCAAUCUACUUAAUCGACAACCAACUAAAGCGGUUUUCCAGAUCCAUAGCUCAAAAAGUUCACCGACUGCCACCCACAACAAUGUCUAACAAAAGAAACGCUUUUCUCGACGCCGGCGAUAGUGACGAAGAUGUCGGCCGCGAUUAUGACUCGGAAGAUGAUUUCCAAAAAGGUGGCCCCAGCGCGAAGCGCAGAAGAGUAAACGACGAGGAUAGCGAGGCUGAAGACAUUACCGACGACGAGCGAUACCAAGACCAAGACGAGGAUAGUGGCGCAAAGCUCGACGGAGAACCCCAAGAGUCCGGCGACGAGGCAGAGGAAGGGAAAGACUCUAAAGAAAAGAAACCGAAGAAGACAAAGGUCGAACUGCCCGGCGCCAAGAAUUCACUGCUCAAGAAGAACCUUGUUGUCUCCGAAGCUGCCAUCAAAAAGUCAGGUGUUAUCUACCUAUCGCGUGUACCGCCAUUCAUGAAGCCCCAGAAGUUACGAUCACUUCUCGAACCAUACGGCCAAAUCAACAGGAUAUUCCUCGCCCCCGAGGAUCCAGCAGUCCACGCGCGCCGCGUCCACGCCGGAGGUAACAAGAAGCGGUCCUACGGCGAGGGAUGGGUCGAGUUUAUCAAGAAGAAGGAUGCUAAAAAGGUGGUCGAUCUCUUGAAUGCGCAAACAAUUGGUGGGAAGAAGUCGAGUUGGUACAGAGAUGAUGUGUGGGCCAUGAAGUAUUUGAAUGGUUUCAAAUGGCACCAUCUCACAGAGCAAAUCGCCGCCGAGAACGCCGAACGAGCCAGCAGAAUGCGCGCCGAAAUCAGCAAGUCCACCAAGGAGAACAAGGAGUUUGUGCGGAACGUGGAGAGGGCAAAGGUGUUGCAGGGCAUGGAAGCAAAGGCUGCGGCCAAGCGGAAAAAGGCCACAGAAGACGAGAAGAAAGAAUAUGGAGGCGGCAGUGCGGUCCAAGAAGGGGUUUCUCAAAAGAAGAGGAGGACGUUUGCACAGGUACCGCUGGCAAAGAAGACGAAGCAGGAGGACCAGCCAGAGCAUGUGCAAAGAGUGCUCAGCAAGAUCUUUUGA